AGGAAACAUGACCACCAGAUGAAAUAGUAGUAGCUGCAAAAGAAAAACACUUAUCGUCAAACACCACAUGUUGAGACACAAUCAACUUCCUAGUGUCAUCCAAGCUUGUACCCUUUGUGAACAGGGCUGUAGCCAAGAAACACACAAGGUUUAGAACGAAACUGCAGCUUGUGAGUGUUGAAUGGCCUGAGAUAAGGAAAACACCUACAACUAAAAACUUUUAAGUGCAUAUAGUCAGGAAAAGAAUGAUCUCAAAAGGGGAUUUGCCAUUGAGAACAGGCGUAGGAAGCCUGUUAAUAAGGUAAACAGCAGUGACAAAAGCACGAGUCCAAAACCUCAUGGGAACACUAGCUUGAGCCAACAAAGUCAGACCAACAUCAACUAUAUGUCUAUGCUUUCGUUACACUAAGCCGUUUUGUUCUAAAGUGUGAGGACAGGAUAAUCAGUGAUGGAUUCUUAGCUGAGCAAGAGCCUUGGGAAAAGAUCUAAAUUCACCACCCUAAUCAGACUGGAGUAUUUUAAUAGAACAACCAAAUUGAACAAUAACAAACUUUUGUAAGUGAAGAAAUUUCUCAAUAUCCUCAGAUUUGUGUCUGAUGAGAUACAACCAGGAAUAGCGAGUGUAUGCAUCGAUAAACGAGACAUAAUAAGAAGAACCCUCAGAUGAUUCACAAGCUAACCCCCAAAGAUCAGAUACUAUAAGUUCAAAAGUAACCGAAUACUUGGUAGUAGAAGGAGAAAAAGAAAGCUUAUGAAAUUUGCCAAGUUGGCAUACUGAACAUAGUGAAGGCAACUUGCAGUUAGUAUAAACAAUGUUAUUCUUAUGAAAAACCUGCAUAACAGUUUUAUUACAAGGGUGGCCAAGUCUCUUGUGCCACAAAUCAAAAAUAUUAUUUCUAGAAAUAGCUGACCUUAGAUGAGCAGUAUGAGCAGUAGCUGAACAAAAACCAGCCUCAAGUUGCCUGGAGUCCGAUAAAUCGCAUUGAUAUAGACCAUUAUGCAUACGGCCCGUUAACAAUAUGCUCCCUGUCUUGAUACCCUUCACAAAAUAAUGUAGAGGAUGGAACUCAAAAUAGACCUGAUUAUCAGUGGCAAACUUUGCAACAGACAUUAAGUUUUUGCAAAUACGAGGAACAUGCAAUACUAAGUUUAGAUGAAAAACCCUAUUGGCAGUUGUGAAAAUACUUGAGCCAGUGUGAGCCACGGACACUGGCACACCAUUUUCCAUAAAAAUUUUAUUAGUAUCUAUGUAUGGUGUUGCUUCCUGCAAGGUGGUCAGAUCAUUUGUAACAUAAUGGUAUGCACCUGAGUCAGGGUACCACACUUUUGCAGUUGAAGAACAUUAACCUUGGUUGGAGACUGCAUUAGCUUGAACAGAAGAACCUUGCAUCUUACCAUGAUUAGAGCAACACCACGAUCCAUCACAAGAGCCUGACACCGACCCUUGAAACUGAUGACAAUGCACCUGCAUGGGCUGAUCAGAAACUCCUUCUAAAGAUUCAUCAAACCAGUAAUAGCACUUAUGAACUGUAUGACCAAUCCGUCCACACAACUGACAUUGAGGCUUAUUUUGAGAGAACCAUCUACCGUGACCUCUAGCUCGAGAAAACCGACUACGCCCCCGAGAAGACAAUCCAAACGUUCUAUCAGACUGAUGAGAGCUACUAUCCGUAGAAGCUUAUUGUUGGGCGAGAUUGACUUGAAGAGACAAACUAGAAACCAAGUCUGAUUGACGAUUCUCAUAGUCAAAGAGUAUUUCAAUAAGAAGAUCAAGAGAGACAUUCAUCGCAGAAGCCAUAGCGCCAAUGGACUCAUACUCCACCGGUAGACCAGCAAGAACAAUAACCUGUUCUUGCUUAGAAAUCACAUUUCCAGUGGCCAGGAGAGUGCCACAUAGGCUUUGAACCUUAGCCAAAUAUUCUUUAACUGUUAAAGAACCUUUCUUUUGAGAGUAAAGAAAAUGUCUCAAGGUAGAAAUUGCCAAAGUAGACUUAGAAGCAAACCGACACAAAACAGUACUCCAUACCUCACAACUCGCCUUGGUACUACUGAGAUGAACUAGAAUAUCAUCACAAAUGGUAGAUAAUAGCCACGAAGCGAACAGCUUGUCUUGUUGCUUGUGAAACAAGAACUCGGGAUUAGAAGUGAGAAUACCAUUGUUGUCAACAAUAUUCUGCGUAGAAAUUGCAAUAGUGCCAAGAACAAACUCAUGCAAACCAUAUCCUUCAAGAAUUAGCACAACCUGUUGUUUCCACAAAAGAAAAUUACGAUCACUAAGCUUGAAAGUAUCAUGCUUAGGGAAUUAUUGAACCUUGCGUAAGAAGCUAGGACCAGGAUUAGGAGACGAGCCAUCUGCUGGAGCAGCUAUAUUAAACGUCUGACGAUUCUCAUCAUCAUUGCCGGAAACAGCUUCAGUUGCCAUGGAAGAAAAGAAAAGAAAAAAAAAUUCUAUGGUUGUGAUACCAUAAUGAGAAACAGUUUAAGUGAUGAAAACUUAUUGUAUUUCUUCAUAUAUUGCUGUGAACACCAACUGGGGUUUAUAUAUAGCUAAUCCAUAACAGACUAACUAGUUAUCAACAGAUUGCUAACUACCAGUAACUGCUACCAAUAUGUCACAAUUGUUUUUAGCCUUAUUAAAGGAUGAACUCGGCAAAUUUAACGAUUGUUAGAUAAGUCUCUUGCUAUUGGCAAAACUGCUUGGAAACAUGCAUGCUAAGGGUAAGCUCUUUCAAUAAAAAAUUAACUCUGAUCAAAACCCAUUAAUCAUCGUCCACGUGUUUAUUAGACCCAUAAAGAAAUAUGAUAACAAGAAUCAUUUGGCCAUCCGCGAUAGACAAAAUGAGAGUCAAAGAUCACACAGAACGGACGGCUUAAAUCUCACUGCCCUUCACCUUUACCACCAAUCAGAGCUCACCAAAGCCCCCCGAAUUCACCGAGGGGCGCCAAAAACCCUCCCAAAAUUUCAUUAAAAAAACAAAGACAAAAAAAAAAAAAGAAAAGAAAAAAAAAACCCCUAAGACCAGAACCCAAAGCAGUCAGGCUAAUAUAGAGAUAAAAUCAACUGAAAUCUCUUAACAAUAGAGUUGAAGUCGAAAUCAAAGAGAACUUGGUUUUGUUUUUCCCCCCUUAUUUCUGCGAGUGUACAGUUGAAUUUUGAAAUCGAAAAGAGAAAUAAAAAUGCAGAGUAUGGAGCUGCAGAACACUGUGAAAGAAGCCCUAAAUGCACUGUAUCAUUACCCCGACGAUGCGGUGCGUAUGCAAGCCGAUCGAUGGUUGCAAGAUUUUCAACGCACAAUCGACGCUUGGCAGGUUGCUGAUAAUUUGCUUCAUGAUGCCACUAGCAAUCCAGAGACUUUAAUAUUUUGUUCGCAGACACUUAGAAGCAAGGUACAACGUGAUUUUGAAGAAUUACCAUCUGAAGCUUUUCGCCAAUUAAGGGAUUCCUUAAAUAACUUGUUGAAAAAGUUCCAUAAAGGGCCUGCUAUUGUCCGGACUCAGAUUAGCAUUGCAGUUGCUGCUUUGGCUGUACAUGUUCCUGCAGAAGACUGGGGAGAUGGUGGCAUUGUCAAUUGGCUUCGAGAUGGGAUGAACGCUCAUCCAGAGUAUAUUCCAGGUUUUUUGGAGCUACUUACUGUCUUACCUGAGGAAGCAUUCAACUACAAGAUAGCUGCUCGUCCUGAACGACGCCGUCAAUUUGAGAAAGAGCUAACUUCUCAAAUGGAAAUUGCUCUUAACAUACUGACAGCUUGUUUAAGUAUAAGUGAAUUGAAAGAGCAGGUUCUUGAGGCAUUUGCUUCUUGGCUUCGGCUAAAGCAUGGGAUCCCUGGUUCUGUACUUGCAACUCACCCAUUGGUCCUCACGGCUCUUUCAAGUUUGAAUUGUGAUAUACUUUCUGAGGCAUCUGUGAAUGUUGUUUCUGAAUUGAUACACUACACAGCAUCAGGAAGCUCUGGUGGUGUUUCUGUACAAAUGCCAUUAAUUCAAGUAAUUGUCCCUCAAGUUAUGAGUCUACAGGCACAACUUAGAGAUUCUUCAAAGGACGACGAAGAUGUGAAAGCCAUUGCUCGGUUAUUUGCAGAUAUGGGUGAUUCAUAUGUCGAACUGAUUGCAACUGGUUCAAAUGAAGCCAUGAUGAUAGUGAAUGCUUUGCUAGAAGUUGCUUCACUUCCCGAAUUUGAUAUUGCUUCAAUGACGUUUAACUUUUGGCACAAUCUUCAGGUUAUCUUGACAAAAAGGAAUUUUGAUAUUUCAUUUGGUGAUGAAGCAUCCACUGAAGCUGAGAGAAACCGGAGGCUUCAAGUUUUUUGUCAAUCGUAUGAGUCUCUUGUAUCCUUGGUGAGCUCCCGAGUUCAAUAUCCCGAUGACUAUCAAAAUCUUUCAUAUGAGGAUCUCAAGGAGUUCAAACAGACUAGAUAUGCUGUUGCGGAUGUGUUAACUGAUGCGGCAUCAGUUUUAGGCGGUGACACAACAUUGCGAAUUCUGUACAUGAAGCUUGUAGAGGCUGUAUCUAGCUGUAGAAAUGAACAGAGUGAAUGGCGUCCCGCUGAGGCUGCUUUAUUUUGCAUUCGAGCUAUAUCAAAUUAUGUUUCAGUUGUUGAAGCAAAUGUAAUGCCUCAGGUUAUGGAUCUGCUUUCAAAACUGCCUCAUCAGCCCCAGCUUCUUCAGACGGUGUGCUUAAUCGUUGGAGCAUACUCUAAGUGGCUUGACGCUGCUCCAAGUGGGUUCUCUAAGUUGCCUUUGGUGAUUGAUAUUCUCAUGAGCGGCAUGCGUACCUCUGAGGAUUCUGCAGCAGCUGCUGCUUUGGCAUUUAGGCACAUUUGUGAUGAUUGCCGGAAAAAGCUUUGUGCUUACUGUAAACAGCUUUUCCAUAUAUACUAUACAGCAGUUAAUGGGGAAGGUAGUUUUAAGGGCUCUGCUGAGGACUCAUUGCACUUGGUAGAAGCUUUGAGCAUGGUUAUUACUGAACUUCCACCGGAGCCUGCUAAGGAUGCCUUGGAGGAACUGUGCUCAUCAGUUGUUACUCCUUUACAGGAAGUUAUCAACCAAGGACCAGAAGUUUUAGAGAAGAAACAUGCUCGAGAAUUAACAGUUUACAUAGAUCGAUUUGCAUAUAUCUUUCGGUAUGUGAAUCAUCCUGGAGCAGUUGCAGAUGCAGUUCACAGGCUUUGGCCAAUAUUCAAAGCCAUAUUUGAUCUUCGUGCUUGGGACAUGCGGACCAUGGAGUCUCUUUGCCGUGCCUGCAAAUAUGCUGUGAGAACUUCUGGAAGAUUUAUGGGAAUCACAAUUGGAGCAAUGCUUGAAGAAAUUCAAGGCCUGUAUCAACAACACCACCAGCCUUGCUUCCUUUAUCUCUCUAGUGAAGUUAUAAAGAUAUUUGGCUCUGAUCCUUCUUGUGCAAGCUACCUCAAAAAUAUGAUCGAGGCGCUCUUCAAGCACACAACAUGUCUUCUCACAACUAUUAAGGAGUUCACCAGAAGACCAGACAUUGGAGAUGAUUGUUUUCUGUUGGCAUCAAGGUGCAUUCGUUAUUGUCCUCAAUUAUUCAUUCCUUCUUCCAUAUUUCCAGCUUUAGUAGAUUGCGCGAUGAUUGGGAUCACAGUGCAGCACAGAGAGGCCUCCAAUUCCAUCUUGACCUUCUUGUCUGAUAUCUUUGAUCUUGCGAAGUCUAGCAAGGGAGAACAAUUUUUAUCCAUAAGGGAUAGUGUCAUUAUUCCGCGAGGAGCUACCAUUACUAGAAUCCUGGUGGCUUCCCUAACUGGAGCACUCCCAAGUUCUCGAUUAGAGACGGUAGCAUAUGCACUUCUAGCACUAACUCGAGCAUAUGGGAUGCAAGCUCUGGAGUGGGCUAAGGAAAGUGUUUCAUUGAUCCCAUUGGCUGCUGUCAAGGAGGUCGAACGCAUAAGAUUUUUGCAAGCUUUGUCAGAUGCUGCCUCCGGAGCUGAUGUCAAUGUCCUGAUGAUCCCUGUUGAAGAGUUAUCUGAUGUUUGUCGUCGUAAUCGAACAGUUCAAGAGAUUGUGCAAGGAGCACUAAAGCCACUUGAGUUGAAUCUGGUACCUGUACCAUAGUGGAAAGAAAUAAAGAAAUAGUAGUGGAGGGGGCUGUUUUUCUGAGGCCUCAUCUUGCUUUAGCAGCCGAAUGAAUAACUCGAUCCGCUAUUUGCUGUUUUGAUUCAUUCUUGAUUUUGUAUCUAUCAUCAUUGGUCAAUUUUCCAACUGUCUUUGAGGUGAGUGUUGGGCAUUUAUUUGUUUCACAAUAGGGAGAGAAUGGGCUGUUGUAUCUUCUUCUGCUCGAGAUAUGGGGUGCUCCCAGUCGUCUCGAAUGCACUGGCUUUCAAUUAUUAUUUAUUUUAAUUUUGGGUGAAAAGGCCUUGGUGUUGGUAUACAGUGUUGUAAGUUUAGUUUUGUAAUGGUUAGAAGGUGAAAGACGGAUUUUUUUCUGCA